AGUGACAACCAGCGCGGCCAGGCCAGCGCAGCUGCCCUCGGCACCUUGGUGUCGGCGGCCUCCACCAGCUGGAUGAGCCGGAAGAUCAAGCAGCUGGAGAACGAGAAUCAUCGCUUGGUGAGGCAGGCUGCCUUACAAAAGACAAGGGAAGCGACAUUCCGGUCUCACUUGCACAAGUUCUUCACUGCGGACCAACUGGCAGCUCUAUCGAGAUCCAGCAACAGGGGGUCCAAGUGGUCUAAUGAGACGGUGAAGAAGUCGCUGCAGAUGCGAUUUGCAUGUGGCAGCUUGGGCUACGACUUGCUACUGGAGGGGAGCUUCCCAUUGCCGUCGUCUAGAACUCUGGGGCGGCGGCUUGAAGGUGAGCACUGCCCUACGGGUCCUCAGUCACUCCACGGCCACUGCCCUGCGCUUCCUGGUGGAGAAUCAUGGCUGGAGCACCAACUUCCUCACCACGGCUUGGUUCUUGGAACAGUACCUGAAGGCGUCCAAGGCAGGGUCCUACGAACUGGACGAUGCCUCCUUUUACCUGGCUGACCUCGCAGACUUGGAUGUACAACCUGCUGUGCCCACCGACAUUUUUCUUGAGGAGGUAGAACUCACCAUGUCACAACUUGAGGAGGAUAGCUUUGACUAUUACGCGG